AAAAACAUUGUUGAUGAUUACAUGUCAACUUUUGAUUGGCUCGUCGAUCUCACCUCUCAACUUGAUCCAAGACCAAAACCAAACAUUAGUCCCCCGUAAAUUUGCGUCGUCUCCGUUUCUUCCUCAUAUCUGCGCGCUUCAACCGAGCCAACCAACCUAAACGCUGUGUUUCUCCAUCCGUACUAUGAUCAUAAGCGCAAAAAAUUUCUCCGUUCUUUCAUAAUUCUUCUUGCAGAUCCUACAUUUUCUGUUUUGUUUUUGUUUUCUCGGUAGAUCCGAUCGGAUGGCGAGGAGCAGAUCAUCAUCUUCUUCUUCCAAGUGGAGAUACUGGAAUCCUUCUUAUUAUCUCAAGAGACCGAAGCGUCUGGCUAUGGUUUUGAUUAUCUUCGUUUCUGCUACUUUAUUUGUUUGGGAUCGUCAAACUCUUGUGAGAGAACACCAGGUUGAAGUUUCAAAGUUAAAUGAAGAAGUUACACAAUUGCAGAAUUUGCUGGAAGAUUUAAAGGAUAGUACCGGCAGUGCAGUUGGUAACAUUGGGAAUAAUAAACAUGGUAAGAGCCCAGGUGACAAGGUUUUUGAAGAUGAUCCAACUGAUAUUCAGCGAAGAGACAAAGUAAAAGAAGCUAUGAUUCAUGCAUGGAGUUCAUAUGAGAAGUAUGCAUGGGGUCAAGAUGAACUUCAGCCACAAACAAAGAAUGGUGUCAAUAGCUUUGGUGGUCUUGGAGCAACACUUAUAGACGCCCUUGAUACUCUAUAUAUAAUGGGUCUAGAUGAACAGUUCCAAAGAGCUAGAGAUUGGGUUGCAAACUCAUUGGACUUUAACAAGGAUCAUGAAGCUAGUGUUUUUGAGACAACCAUAAGAGUUGUUGGUGGACUUCUUAGUGCAUAUGAUUUGUCACAGGACAAAGUUUUCCUUGAGAAGGCUAGAGAUAUUGCAGAUAGAUUGUUGCCUGCGUGGAAUACUCUUUCAGGAAUUCCUUAUAACAUUAUUAAUUUGGCCCAUGGAAAUCCACAUAACCCUUCAUGGACUGGAGGUGAUAGCAUUCUAGCAGAUUCUGGCACAGAACAGGUGGAAUUCAUUGCUCUUUCACAAAGGACAGGAGACCCAAAGUAUCAGCAGAAGGCGGAGAGGGUUAUAGAGCAGCUUAGUAAAACCUUCCCUGCUGAUGGUUUGCUGCCUAUCUAUAUUGAUCCUGAGAUGGGAGGUAGAUCGCGCUCGACCAUAACCUUUGGUGCUAUGGGGGAUAGCUUUUAUGAAUAUUUACUCAAAGUUUGGAUACAAGGGAACAAAACUUCAGCUGUGAAACCUUACAGGGACAUGUGGGAGACAUCAAUGAAAGGUCUAUUAAGCUUGAUCAGGAGAACAACACCAUCAUCUUUUGCAUACAUUUGUGAGAAGAACGGGGAGUCAUUGACAGAUAAGAUGGACGAAUUAGCAUGCUUUGCUCCAGGAAUGUUGGCUUUAGGAUCAUUUGGUUAUGGGCCUGGUGAAUCUGAGAAGUUUCUUUCACUGGCAGAAGAGCUUGCUUGGACAUGUUAUAACUUCUACCAAUCAACACCAACAAAAUUGGCUGGAGAAAAUUAUUUUUUUCAUUCUGGGGAGGACAUGACUGUAGGUACAUCAUGGAACAUCUUGAGACCUGAGACGGUUGAAUCACUUUUUUACCUGUGGCGUUUAACUGGCAAUACAACAUACAAAGAGUGGGGUUGGAAUAUAUUUCAAGCAUUUGAAAAGAACUCCCGCAUAGAAUCUGGAUAUGUUGGAUUGAAGGAUGUUAAUACUGGAGUCAAAGACAACAUGAUGCAGAGCUUCUUUCUUGCAGAGACACUAAAAUAUCUGUAUCUUCUUUUCUCACCCCCCACUGUGAUACCAUUAGAUGAGUGGGUUUUUAAUACAGAGGCCCACCCAAUUAGAAUUGUGACCCGGAAUGAUGGAGAAAGAUUUGUAGAGUCGAACAUGCAACAUAAACCACCGAAUUUGAGGCUACAAGGCAGGAAGGAAGGUCGUCGUGGAGACGAAUAGGAUUUGCUUCCUGUUAAAUGUUUUCUGCUGAACUAAUUUUAUAAUUUUACAGUCAGAUUACCGGAAAGCAAAAGACUUAGAUGUUAUCAUUUUUGAAGCAGACUGAGAGCCAGAGGAGUCUGCUGUUCUUUUUCUGCAAAUAAGAUUUAACAACAGAUUUCAGCAGAAAAUGUUGUAUUCUAUAGGAAAAUAUGGUAUACGUUGAAGGUGAUGGAUAUGUAGCUUAGGAUGUAGAUUACUUACAAUGGCAUAUUAUUUAACAGGAAUUGGGAUUUGAUCCACCCUGUCAACCACGAGUUGAUUAAAAAGUGUAAUCUAUUUUUGGAAGCACAUUUUGAUGCCUUAGCUUCAAUAUUAUUUCCUGAAAUAUGUCUGCUUUUAUCUUCUA